GUCACCAGCACAUUGAACUAUCUGCGAGUAUUGUGGACGUCUUGUGCGAUAAGACUAACUAAAGAAUGAGCAAAUUUAAGAAAGAAACAGAAUCCAAGAACAAAUGUGUGGAGCUUGUUGGAUCAGAAGAUCACACGCAUGAUUUCACUGUAGAUGAAAUCCAGCGAAUUCGAGCCAAUCUGCUGACAUGGUACGACAAGAAUUGCAGAAAGCUUCCCUGGAGAGAGUUGGCGUCUCAACCUGAUCUAAAUAGGCGUGCAUAUGCUGUGUGGGUCUCUGAAGUUAUGCUGCAACAAACACAGGUCGCCACCGUAAAGGAGUAUUACAUUCGCUGGAUGGAGAAAUGGCCGACUGUUGAACAUUUGUCGCGUGCGAGUUUGGAAGAAGUGAACGAGAUGUGGUCAGGACUUGGUUACUAUUCGCGAGCAAAGAGACUCCACGAUGGAGCUAAAAAGGUUGUAGAGAAAAUGAAAGGAAACAUACCUUCCACAGCAUCUGAACUACUGAAAGAGCUACCAGGAGUUGGUAAAUACACUGCAGGCGCUAUUGCUUCCAUUUCAUUUGGUGAGUGCACUGGAAUAGUUGAUGGAAAUGUGAUUAGAGUUUUAUCAAGGCUUUGUGGUAUUGGUGCUGUAAGUUCCAGUACUCAAGCUGAGAGGAAGUUUUGGGAGCUUUCUCAUAAACUUGUUCCUCAAGAUAGACCUGGUGAGUUUAAUCAGGCUCUAAUGGAAUUUGGAGCAACACUGUGUACACCUCAAGCUCCACGGUGUCAUGUAUGCCCUCUGCAAAGGGAUUGUAGUGCUUUAAAGCAAGUAGUGAAACAGGACACUCCAGUAUCCAUUCUGCAUAAAGAAAAAGGACUAACAUCCAGCAAUGGCAUAAAAGUUGAUAAACAUGUUGACAUUGAAGAAUGUAUCCUUUGCCUACCAUCUUCAUUGUGGAAGCCCUCCCUCGGUGUUUGCAAUUACCCACAGAAACCUAAACGGAAACAACCUAAAGAGGAGACUUUGGCUGUUGUUGUUAUUAAACAUGACAUGGAGGUGGGAUCUCAUUUUCUGUUGACUCAGAGACCCAAAACAGGACUUUUAGCAGGCUUGUGGGAUUUCCCUAAUGUUGCUGUAGAAUCAAAUCAAUCCGAUGCUUACAUGUUUACUACCCUUUGUAACUUCUUGGAAAACAACCUGGGUAUCACCCUCAAACAGAGGACUCAAAAAAGAAUAGCAGAGGUUUUUCAUAAAUUCUCGCACGUUCAUCAUAAGUACAUGGUGUUUUCAUAUGAGCACCCUGAAAUCAAGCAUUUGCUUCAAACCUCCCAAGAAAAAAGCAAAAUAAGGUGGAUAACAAGAGAAGACUUAGAUACUGCAGCUCUUUCCACAGCCAUGCGGAAAGUUUUCACUGCCUUCGAAAUGCACAACAGUGGUGAGAAUGAAAAACAAGCCAAAGUGGACAGGAAAAGAAAGAGACCAAAUUCUCAUGAUGGCAGAAAACAGAUGGUGCUUGAUGGAUUUCUCAAGUCAAAGGACCAACAAAAGUAAGAAGUCUUGGGUUUUGUGUGGUGUAUUUUCCCAUGUCAAUUCACACCAGAACCAGUUUACAUUAGUGUUGUUCCUUCCAUGCUCUAUUGCAUUGUCACAUAUACAUUGUAGUGAAAGUGCUAGUGGGCUUGUAGUAAAUGACUGUUGGAAAGGUAGCUUGAGGAGACAUGUACUUUUAAUGGACCAAGUUGGUAAGAAGAUUUAACCACUCAUAACAGUUUUGGACUUUAGAUUGCCAAAUUAACACUGACAGUCAACUUUCAAUACCUUGAAGCCAGUGCUUUCAUUAAGACCUGGUGCCUGCAGGUAUUUUGUUGUGAAUUCCCAGGUAUACUUUGUCAGAUUCAAGUCAAGUUUUUAGAACAGAAAAAUAAAUAACAAAGAAAACAAUAGUCAAUGUCAAAAUAUUCACCUUGUUAUUUAUUUUUCGAAUUCCUUGGUCUUUGAUUGUUGGAUUCAUUCUUUCACUGGCAGUGUUUGUUUUGUGUAUUUCUGGUAAAUUCAUCAUGCACAAAAUAGAAGUAAACAUCAUCAGUUACUCAAAAUAAUUUCCAAGCAACUUUGUGUUGAAGUAAAAUUGUUAAAGAUUUUUGGACCAAUCAAAACAACAAUUAUAGUUCUUUUCAACUGCCAGUUAGAAAAUCAAAAUUGUCAAAACAGUGUACUUGUUGAUGACACACAUGUAUGAUACUCGGAACUUUUUUGCAAAGAUGUUUCAAAAUUUUGUCAUAAAAAUCCUAUCUUGAAGCUAAAAAUACAGAGAGAAUAAUGAAAGCAGCCCUUGAAGACUUAGCACAUAAACUUUUAUUAACAAAGGCUGCAUUUGCUGUGAAAAGUGAAGAAGACCAUGUUCUCAUGGUUAGUGGUUAGCUAGAAUGUGAGUAAGUGAGAGACUUUUAAUUAUUUUUUGUAAAGCAAUGGGUAACUCAACAAUUGUUUACAAUCUGAUAGGAAACACACACUGUGGGUACAGUAAGAAUUCAUUGGUGGAUUGAUUAAUUCAAUUAUCUAUGUAAACAUGAGCGGCUAAAUCCAUCAACACUUCUGCAGAUGAGAGUCACAAUUAAAAUAAACUGGUAGAAUUCACAUGUGUAUUUUUAAUUUCACCCAGUUCACCCAUUGCAAGCAUAAGAAAACCCUAAACAAAGAUUAUGUAUUACAAUGUGAGUAAAAAAGUGAUGUACAAAUGGAAAAUGAUAUGAUCUGGUUUGGCCAAGCAAAGGAAGGUUUGGGUUGUGGCAUCAAAAUUUGUGAACUUGUGCAUAUGGAAAUUUGAUACUAACAGGAUACUAUCUUGUAUUAGUUUUGCAGACUUCUGCCAUGUUUAAUAAAGACCAUGUGGUUAGAGUGA